AAAGGUCCACAUCAGGGUUGUUGGGCCUUAGUGGAGGUGAAGUGGACCCUCUUUCACACUGAGCCGGUACCAGUUGUGGAACCAAGAACAAAAACCAAAUCCAGAAACCGCUCAAUAAGUACAUGGGGCGGCAUGGAGCAGAGGGUAAGUGUACGCCCUGCAACCAGAAGGUCAUCGGUUGGGUUUGACGACCCAGCAGGAAGUCAUGUGAUCUCAUGUCACCUGCCAUGAAUUGACUUUAACGAUACCGCAUGACCAACCUCGCCAAAAACAUGGCGGCGGGCGGACAUCGCCGUGAGGUCAUAAAACCACCAUCCAAUAUCGGGAUUUCUCUAGAGCGGACCGGCGAGAUAGUUCCAUAAGCCAGUCGGGAGUAGGGAAUGAGCGAAUGUUCUGCGUUCGGAAUCAUUCACUCAUUCUCUACUCCCGAAUCACGACAUCCAGGAUUUUUAUAUAGCGGGCUAUAAAGUCAACUGUAGGGCUGAAACGAUGAAUCGAAUACUCCCCAAUUACUAUAUGGAGAUAUUUUUCUUAUAACGUGAACUAUAUUGGAAAAAAUGAAAACUGAUUUCGGAACACGACUGGUCCCCCCGUUCAAACACAGUGAUUGGCUAUGCUCCCUACAGGUCUGUGCCGUGGCCCAGACGCAUUUAUUGGGUUUGUGGCGUUCUGGUCUCUCUGCUGAGUCCUGAUCCACUUGGGCGUGACGCACGUUUAGCCCCGCCCCCCCCCCCCCUCCCUAAGUCCCUAACGAGAUUGGUCGUUCCCGGAUAUCCUAUUAGACGGCGAUUAAGCGGGCUCAGCUCGUUAGCAGUAACAAACCAACACACACUAGCUGCCAGGGAUUUGGUACCCUGUCGAAAAACCAUCCAAAUAUUUUUGAUAGGCUUUGUCUGACUGCACGAGACGACUGAUUUUAAAAAAAUAUAGGUUUGCGUAUUAGUCUCAUUGAAGACUGAAUGGUUCAUUGAUACGAAUGUGAGUGUGAACGGGUGAUUGUCUGCUGCCGACCAGUCGCAAGUGUACCCCGCCUCAAAGUCAGCUGGGAUGGACGCCGGCUCUCCCUAAUGGGGACCAAGUGGUUUUGUCUCAUUCUUCCUUUUUCCACGCAGCACGCGUGAUUCUUCUUACACUUUCCUGGCCGCUCAUCCUCUCACAUUUCACGGCCACCUGUCCCCUUUCUCCUCUUCCUCGCAUUCUGUCAUUGGACGACCUCAUAACCUGAUUCCCCCCCCCCCACCCCCGACCUGCCAAUCGGUUUACCCUCCUCGCCACACUCCCUCUAGCCUCGCUCCUUCUCUCUAUUUCCAUCUUUGAGCUUUAUCCCUUCAUCUCUGAUCUCCUUCAUCCCCUGCAAUCCUCACCGGCGAGAGGAGAGACAGGGAGGAGUUGCGCACCAAGGGGCAGUCGGCGGGGGAGCGCGUCCGAGAGCAGCGGGGCAAAAGUCGCAUCCUGGGAUUGUGGAGUGUCCACGAAAGGAACGGACGUGUGAAGGAAAGACUUAUUUUGGAAGUCUCACGCAGCACGGAAUCAGUCGGCUUCGAUGUCCACGAUCUUCCCCCGCCAACAACACGUCGUGGAUAAAUAGAUGGCUCAAAUAAGACAGACGAUUGGAGUUUCACUCAAGUUUCCCGCCACUAACGUCCCCUAGCGACUGUCGCCAUGGCAGCUGAGAAAGCUGAGAUCGAUGCAUUGAAAAAGGAGUGCGACGGGCUCCGUGCCAAGAUCGAGGCGGCGCGCAAGGCCGUCAACGACACCACCAUGGCGGCGGCGGCGGGCAGCUUGGCCUCGGUGGGUCGCGUUCAGCUGAAGCAGAGGAAGACGCUCAAAGGUCACUUGGCCAAAAUCUACGCCAUGCACUGGUCAGCCGACUCCAGGCAAAUGGUGAGCGCGUCGCAGGAUGGCAAACUCCUGGUGUGGGACACCUUCACGGGGAACAAGCUGGUGGCCGUACCGCUGAAGUCGGCCUGGGUGAUGAGCGUAGCCUUCGCGCCCUCCGACAACCUGGUGGCCAGCGGAGGUCUGGACAACAUGUGCACCGUCUACAACAUCAAGGCUGCCAGUCCCAAGACCCUGAGGGAACUGGACGCGCACACAGGUUACCUGUCCUGCUGCCGCUUCCUCAGCGACAGUGAGAUCCUCACAGCCUCCGGCGAUACAACCUGCUGCCUGUGGGACCUGGAGACGGGCAAGCAGAAGAUCGUGUUCACCAACCACAUCGGCGACUGCAUGUCUUUGGCUCUGUCCCCCGACAUGAACACGUUCAUCUCGGGGGCCUGCGACUCCCUCGCCAAGCUGUGGGACAUCCGGGAAGGCACCUGCAAGCAGACGUUCAUCGGACACACCAGUGACAUCAACGCCAUCGCUUUCUUCCAGAGCGGCAACGCCAUCAUCACAGGCUCGGACGACUGCAGCUGCAAGAUGUACGACCUGCGCGCCGACCAGGAAGUGAUCAGCUACCAGGACAGCAGCCUGAACGCCGGCGUCACGUCCCUGGCGCUCUCCAACUCAGGCCGCCUCAUCUUCGCCGGCUACGACGACUUCAACUGCCACAUUUGGGAUUCUCUCAAGGGGGAGAAAGUCGGUGUUCUGUCCGGCCACGACAACCGCGUCAGCUGCACCGGCGUUCCCGAGGACGGCAUGGGCGUCUGCACGGGAUCGUGGGACAGCUUCCUCAAACUGUGGAACUGAGCGCGUCCUGGCCAGGAACGCCGUCGGGAGAGGGAAGACAAAAACAAAACGGAAGGCUAGAUGUCGUUCUAAGGAGGUUUCAUCACGUCUGUCUCUCUCUCGUCCUUAUCCAUCUAUGCAAAAGAAAACAAAAAACCAUGUGUGGGGAAGCCAGGAAGAUGGCCACCGUGUCCCACUGUACCAGCAAUGAAGAUGUUCUUAAAAUCUAGCGCAUUACACUACACCACUAUGAGCAGAGAAAACGCACACUCUUGUACACGUUAAGAUGAUUUGACAAGUUUAAAGCAACAAUAAUCAAAUAAAUAAAUCAAACUGAAAUAAUUGCUACUGAACAAAGUGUAGGAAUGCAGAUGUGUUUUUACCGUAACGGGUCUCAUUAAUAAGACUUGCACUUGUCUGUAUAUAGUAUGUACUAGAUGCAUUUAUUUCUAUUUAAUAGUGUCAAACGUUAGCUGGGACACAAUUUUCAUUCAGUGUUUUUUUUUUCUUUUUCUGGACUGCAUGUAGAGAUCCUGGAGAUCCACCCCCCUCCUUUUAUUGUGCAGAUCCAUAUGUUGAUUUACAUGUAUGAUCUUUAAUAUAUGCAGAUGAAUGAAAGGUCAAUUCAGGCCUGCUGUGAAACACCUGUAACUGCAUUUUCUAGUACUUUUACGCAUGUGCAGUUCCUCUGUAAAAAGAAACUUUCUAAUAAAUUGAGAGUUCUGCAUUAA